CACUGAGAGCAACACAUUUGAAAGAUCUUUAUGAAACCAUUACUAUGAAGACACUAGCCAAAGAUGAGAGACUUGAUAUCCUGUUAACAUUGAAAGCCACUGUUAGGGAGCAUAACUGUAAGCUAACAAGAGAGAUAGUUGAACUGGUUGAUAGAGAAGCUGAUUUGUUAGUGAGGGACACCAAACCAUCAGCUCUUAUGGGUUUGAAGAAGAGGAUUGCUACAUUGUUCCUUCAAUAUUGUAAGACACCACUCUUUAAUCCUGAAGCUGCCAAACACAUCAAAGUUCCACAGGAUCCUUCUGUAUUAAGGACUAAUGUUUAUUAUUGUAGAAGUUGCUGUCAAUAUUUACCAUCAACUGAUUUUGAAUUAUCAACAAAGUCAUGUGUCAUUGGUCAUUGUAGACAGUGUAAGGAGUUGGAUAAUAAAGCUCGUGCUAGAGAGGACUAUACAUUAUAUUGUGCUAUGCUUAAGACAAUACGUAAAACAGAGGAAAACUAUCAAGAUGACUCCCACAUUAUCUUUAUUAUACAAGAGAGUGAUCUACGUUAUUUGAUAGAGAACAUAUGGGCUGGUCAGAGUGCUGUGAGUGGUGAGAAGGAUCUAUUUGAGUUGAUACUAGUUCGUUGGAAUAUCACUGAACACUGGAGCCCAUGGAACUGUGUAUUAUUGACAACUGAUGAAGCUAGGGCUCAUGUUAAACUGGAUGACCCUGAAAAGGCUUACAGUUCACAGUUUACAGAAAAGAUAAGACAGAGGCACAUAUUAGCAAGGAAUUAUUUCACACAGAUACCAGGAAUGAUGGAGGAAAUGUCAACUAAAGUUAAAGAACUACCUCUACCUCGUCCUAAAGAAAGAAUCAUUGUAGUUAGACAACACCCACAGGAACAACAACAGCAAUUAGCAGUAGAUUCUAACUAAGAUAUGCAUACAU